CGAUGAUUGUCGUUUUGCUUUGUACUAAAAAAGAAAAAAGACGGGUCCUUUGAAGAUUCAAAUUUCAAAUUUCAACAAGAAUAGGAGGAAUAUUCCAAACAUAUUUCGUCACACUUUAAAAGCCAUCCAUCCAUUUACUUUCUUUCCGUUGAGUUGGACAAAAUCUGUAAUCCACCGCCCGUGACGUUUCUGGAAAACACAGGCAGCUAAGCUUAUAAUUCCCAUUUGAAACUUCAGCUCUACCACUUGUCAAUAUAUUGUCGUGUUUUGGAAGCUUGUUUGCAAACUGUUUUGAGUUUGAGUGAAGAUGACGACUAUGGAGAGCUUGAUAGGGUUGGUCAACAGGAUACAGAGAGCUUGCACUGUCCUUGGAGACUACGGUGGCUCUGAUAAUGCUUUCUCUUCUCUUUGGGAAGCUCUUCCCUCUGUUGCCGUCGUCGGUGGCCAGAGUUCAGGAAAAUCAUCUGUGCUGGAGAGCAUCGUAGGGCGGGACUUUCUCCCUAGAGGAUCAGGAAUUGUAACUAGAAGACCUUUGGUCUUGCAGCUUCAUAAGACUGACCAUGGUUCCCCAGAGUAUGCCGAGUUUCUUCACCUUCCUAACCGACGUUUCACUGAUUUUUCCAUGGUUCGCAGCGAAAUUCAGGAGGAAACUGAUAGAAUCACUGGCAAAACCAAACAGAUCUCUCCUGUUCCUAUUCAUCUCAGCAUCUACUCUCCAAAUGUUGUCAACUUAACCUUGAUUGAUUUACCUGGCUUGACAAAAGUUGCUGUUGAGGGACAGCCAGAGAGCGUUGUUCAGGAAAUUGAGAGUAUGGUUCGUUCUUAUGUCGAGAAGCCAAAUUGUAUCAUACUCGCCAUCUCCCCAGCUAAUCAAGAUAUAGCCACGUCCGAUGCCAUCAAACUUUCUAGGGAAGUGGAUCCCUCAGGUGAACGGACAUUUGGAGUGCUGACGAAGCUUGAUUUGAUGGACAAAGGAACUAAUGCGUUAGAUGUACUUGAAGGAAAAUCUUAUCGGCUGCAACAUCAGUGGGUUGGAAUUGUCAACCGCUCACAGGCGGAUAUCAACAAAAAUGUUGAUAUGAUUGUUGCAAGGCGCAAGGAACGCGAGUACUUUGCCACAAGUCCUGACUAUGGGCACUUAGCCAACAAAAUGGGUUCAGAGUAUCUUGCAAAACUUCUCUCAAAGCAUUUAGAAUCUGUUAUUAGGGCUCGAAUACCAAGUAUCACGUCUUUGAUAAAUAAAAGCAUUGAGGAACUUGAAUCAGAGAUGGACCAUCUGGGUAGGCCUGUUGCUCUUGAUGCUGGGGCUCAAUUAUACACUAUCUUGGAACUUUGCCGUGCAUUUGACAAGAUAUUCAAAGAGCACCUGGAUGGAGGGCGACCUGGAGGUGAUCGCAUUUAUGGAGUCUUUGACAAUCAGCUCCCUGCUGCUCUAAGGAAGCUUCCAUUUGAUCGACACCUUUCUCUUCAGAAUGUAAGGAGAGUGGUUUCCGAGGCAGAUGGUUAUCAGCCACAUCUGAUUGCCCCAGAACAGGGCUACAGGCGUCUUAUUGAGGGGUCAUUGAAUUAUUUUCGGGGCCCAGCUGAAGCUUCUGUGGAUGCUGUUCAUUUUGUCUUGAAAGAGCUUGUGAGAAAAUCCAUUGGGGAAACACAGGAAUUAAGGCGUUUCCCUACUCUACAAGCUGACAUUGCUGCUGCAGCAAAUGAGGCUUUAGAGAGGUUCCGUGAUGAUAGCAAGAAAACUGUUGUUCGAUUGGUGGACAUGGAAGCUUCGUAUCUAACUGUGGAAUUCUUUCGGAGGCUUCCUCAGGAAGUGGAGAAAGUAGGAAAUCCAGGUUCAGGUCCAGCAUCCGCAGCUGUGGACCGAUAUUCUGAGGGGCACUUUAGGAGGAUUGGGUCAAAUGUGUCUUCUUACAUUGGCAUGGUCUCUGAGACACUGAAGAACACCAUUCCUAAAGCUGUGGUCUAUUGUCAAGUUAGAGAGGCGAAACAAUCACUGCUAAAUUACUUCUAUGCUCAAAUAGGGAAAAGAGAGGGUAAGCAGCUCUCACAGCUGUUGGAUGAAGACCCUACAUUGAUGGAGAGAAGACAAGAAUGUGCAAAAAGGCUUGAAUUAUACAAGUCGGCGAGGGACGAGAUUGAUUCUGUAUCAUGGGCUCGAUAAGCUAUGAUAGGGAUGAGAUUGUUUUGUUGUACUUGUAGUGUUCGAUUCCUCUGUGAUAUGUUUGUAAUUUAUGAUGGUUUGCUUGUAGGCUUUCUUGUAUAAUAUAAUGUAGUAGAGUGCUCCACCA